UCUUCCUGUUUCAGACUGACCUCAGGAGACGUUUUGUGUAUCUGGCCAAUCGCUGAUCAGGGGAAUCGGUAGGCGGGGCCAGAGCGGUUGGCGGGGAGAAUAAUCUGAUCUAAUGGAGAGGUUAUAUUGCACAUUGCCGGGCUAAUGGUUUGGCAUUCGAGUACCCACAGUAAGCACUGAAUAUGGCACAAGAAGAAAUGGAGGUGGAUCUUCUUAACCUAUUGAAUCCCAUGUAUUCAAACAGAGAUGUGAGCACAUCACAUCAGCCCCGUGGUAGUGGGCAAGUUCUUUUCCUGCCACCCCCCCUUACAUAUUCAGAUGAUUCCGAGGACCUCUUCUUAGGACCAACGGAGCCACAUGAUGUUAUUGUGUUGGAUUCUGUGGAGGAGGCUCCUGGGCAGGUUGCAGCACCAACUAAUGCUCUACAGAUGCUCCACAGCGCUCUUGAACAGUUACGACAGGCUGCUGAGCAACGCUCCUCUGUACGUCCUACAAGGGUUCAAAGAAGGAGUACCAGGCGGCAUCAAAGAGGAGGGUCACAGCGUACAGCUGGAACUAGUUCUCGUGCUGCGUUGAGUAACUUCUUCCAAAUAAACAGAACCCAAGGCGUGGCUCCUACCUCCGAAAGAGAGGAGAGAAAUGCUGCUUUGAGGACAGAAUCUUCAAGAACUUCACCAGGGGACAGUUCUGAUGAAACUGUGGAACUGAGUGAAGAAGAGGAGGGUGGAGGAGGAAGCUCAACAGAUGUUGAUGAAGUAGAUAUUAAUGCAGGAGCUGCACCACCUGCAGAGCCAGCUCCUGAGGAACUCCAGAUUAAUGUUAUAGAGGUUCAAGCAGAGGCCCCUGAAUCAUUACCUGUUCCUGAAAGUGUCACGUUACCUCUUCAAAUACAAAAAAAACAGAAAACACCAGUGAAACAGUUGUCACCAGUAAAACAUUUGCCACCUGAAGAAGAUGAAGGGGACACAUGUGCAAUCUGCUUUGAGCCAUGGACAAAUGCUGGACAGCACCGUCUUUCUGCCCUGCGCUGUGGUCAUUUGUUUGGCUUCACCUGCAUCGAACGUUGGCUGAAGGGGGGUGCUGCCAAGUGCCCACAGUGCAAUAAAAAAGCAAAACGUGCCGAUAUUGUUGUACUUUAUGCGCGGACACUGAAAGCUCUGGACACAAGUGAGCAGGAACGAAUGAAAAGUUCCCUGGAGAUGGAGCAGAGUAUGCGCAGGAAAGCAGAGUUGGAAUCUGCACAGUGCCGACUGCAGGUUCAGGUGCUAACAGAUGAGUGUGGAAAAUUGCGCAAGCAGAUUCAGGAGUUAAAGAUGCUGAUUGCUCAGCAUGGCACCAGUACCUCCAUGCAGGCUUCUUCCUCUCGAUCCACUAUUUCUGGUAGCCUGUCCUCUAGCCAGGGCCAGCACAAGUACAGCUUUGAGAAAGCCAUCCUAAUCUCUCAGACUGGGAGCUGUCGUGUUAUGUCAUACUGUGAAAGUAUGAGCUGCCUAGUAGUAUCGCAACCUUCACCUCAGACUACACUUAUUCCCGGUUGUGGAAUUAAAAAGCUCAGUGCUGCAAAUCUGAAAAGUAGCCAGUAUGUUCCCAUACAUUCAAAACAAAUCAGGGGCCUUGCAUUCAGCAAUCGUUCUGAUGGCCUGUUGCUCUCAGCAGCUCUUGAUAACACCAUUAAACUCACCAGCUUGAUGACUAAUACUGUGGUACAAACAUAUAACACGGGACGACCCGUCUGGAGCUGCUGCUGGUGCUCUGACAAUAGCAAUUAUGUUUAUGCUGGAUUGAUCAAUGGCUCGGUGCUUGUAUAUGAUCUACGAGACACAAGUAAUUGUGUACAAGAGCUGGUGCCGCUAGGGUCCAGGUGUCCUGUGGUAUCAUUGUCUUAUGUGCCACGGGCUGCUUCUGAAGUCUUUCCUUGUGGAGGUGUGCUGGUUGGGACCUUAGAGGGUGCAUGCUUCUGGGAAAUGAAAGAUGAUCAGUAUCGGCCACAUGUCCUUCCUUUGGAGCCUGGGGGUUGUACAGACAUACAGAUAGAGAGCAAUACACGGCACUGUCUUGUUACUUACCGUCCUGGUAAAAACCAUAAUUAUGUACGUGGCGUGAUGAUGGAGCUGACCAGUAACCGGCUGAAUGACUCAGAAGAUGAGUACAGUUGUUCCUGUUACCCUGUUCAAACUUUUAAUGCAGGUAACACUUGCAAGCUUCUCACCAAGAAUGCCAUAUUUCAGAGCCCUGAGAGAGAUGGCACUAUUCUGGUUUGUGCUGGUGAUGAAGCUUCAAACUCUGCAAUGCUUUGGCAUUCAGGAAAUGGUACUCUUCUUCAGAAGCUUCAAGCGGACCAGCCUGUUUUAGACAUCUGUCCCAUGGAAGUAAACCAGAGCAGUAUGCUGGCCACUUUAACAGAGAAGAUGAUAAAAAUCUACAAAUGGGAAUAACAUGUCUCUUCAAAAGAUUUUUUUUUGCAUAUCUUUCUGGCAGCAUAGAAAGUCUUCCUAGUCGUCAUCCUGAUCUUACCUGUGACACCGAGAUGUGCCAGGUCUCUAACUAAAAUUCAUCUGAAAUUCACUAAUUUAUGUACAGUAAUAGUUUGUUCAGCAUCUACGUAUUUAAUUUCAUUCCUACGAAAAAACGUCACAGCAUAAAAUUGUGUGGAAUCCUAUUGUAAUUUUAAAACACUUUUUUUUUUUUUUUCUGGGAAGACCCUGUCCAGUGGCUUUCUUUAAAAAUAAUGCCUGUUUGUAUGUCUCUUGUAUAUAUUUUCAUUGUAAUUGUAAAACCAUUUCCUUGUUCCCUUCUGUCCCAAUAAAGACUACUCAUUUUAUUACCAAAA